AUGGCUCCCCGUUCGCGCUUAAGCGGCAAUGACACCGACGCGUCUAUGCCCGAUGCGCCCGAAGUGAGCCAGCCCGAACAGAGGGCCGAGGACAUGGACAUCGAGACUCCCGAUUAUACAGACUCUGACACAAAUCCCAACACAACGGCCAGCAGUGUCGCCGGCGAACCCGUCGUCGAUGGCCGCAAGAAGCGUUCAGAAGCCAACCAGCUGCGUAGGAGUAUCUUUGGCAAGAAGCACGAUCGCCUAGGCGAGAACAAGGAAGAUGAUACACUCCGUCGGUUCCGCUACCUCCUCGGCUUGACCGACCUUUUUCGCCACUUCAUCGAGACGAACCCGAACCCCAAGAUCCGCGAGAUCAUGGCCGAGAUCGACCGUCAGAAUGCGGAAGAAGCCAAGAAGAAAAAGGGCGGCAGUCGCCAGGGCGGCGCUACUAGUGAGAGGCGCCGUCGGACGGAGGCCGAGGAGGAUGCCGAGCUGCUCCAGGACGAGAAGGUCGGCGGUUCAGCCGAAACCGUCUUUCGCGAGUCGCCUCCCUUUAUCAAGGGCACCAUGCGUGACUACCAGAUAGCUGGCCUGAACUGGCUCAUCUCGCUGCAUGAAAACGGCAUCUCGGGCAUUCUCGCCGACGAAAUGGGUCUCGGCAAGACCCUUCAGACCAUCUCCUUCCUGGGCUAUCUGCGCCACAUCCAGGGCAUUACCGGGCCGCACCUGGUUGCGGUGCCCAAGUCGACGCUGGACAACUGGAAGCGAGAGUUUGAGAAGUGGACGCCCGACGUCAACGUGCUCGUGCUGCAGGGCGCCAAGGAGGAGCGCCAUCAGCUCAUCAACGACCGCCUGAUCGACGAGGACUUCGAUGUGUGCAUCACCAGCUACGAGAUGAUCCUGCGCGAGAAGGCUCACCUCAAGAAGUUCGCCUGGGAAUACAUCAUUAUCGACGAGGCCCACCGCAUCAAGAACGAGGAGUCGUCGCUGUCCCAAGUCAUUCGCAUGUUCAGUUCGAGAAACCGCCUGCUCAUCACCGGCACGCCUCUCCAGAACAACCUCCACGAGCUGUGGGCCCUGCUCAACUUCCUGUUGCCUGAUGUGUUUGGCGAUUCCGAUGCCUUCGACCAGUGGUUUCGCGGCCAGGAUCGCGACCAGGACCAGGUCGUCCAGCAGCUGCACCGCGUGCUCCGGCCUUUCCUGCUUCGCCGCGUCAAGAGCGACGUGGAGAAGAGCUUGCUGCCCAAGAAGGAGAUUAAUGUGUACAUUGGCAUGUCAGAGAUGCAGGUCAAGUGGUACAAGAAGAUCCUCGAGAAGGACAUCGACGCCGUCAACGGCGCCGGCGGCAAGCGCGAGUCCAAGACGCGGCUGCUCAACAUCGUCAUGCAGCUGCGCAAAUGCUGCAACCACCCUUACCUGUUCGAGGGCGCCGAGCCCGGUCCGCCGUACACGACGGACGAGCAUCUCAUCUACAAUUCAGGCAAGAUGAUCGUGCUCGACAAGCUGCUCAAGCGGUUGCAGAGCCAGGGCAGCCGCGUGCUCAUCUUCUCCCAGAUGAGCCGUCUCCUGGACAUCCUGGAGGACUACUGCGUCUUCCGCGGCUACAAGUACUGCCGCAUCGACGGCGGCACCGCGCACGAGGACCGCAUCGCGGCCAUCGACGAGUACAAUCGGCCUGGGUCCGACAAGUUCAUCUUCCUACUCACCACCCGCGCCGGUGGUCUGGGCAUCAACCUGACCACCGCCGACACCGUCAUCCUCUACGACAGCGACUGGAACCCGCAGGCCGACCUGCAGGCCAUGGACCGCGCGCACCGCAUCGGCCAGACCAAGCAGGUCGUCGUCUAUCGGUUCGUCACGGACAACGCCAUCGAGGAGAAGGUCCUGGAGCGCGCGGCACAGAAGCUGCGGCUGGACCAGCUCGUCAUCCAGCAGGGCCGCGCCCAGAUCGCCACCAAGGCCGCGGCCAACAAGGAAGAGCUCCUGUCCAUGAUCCAGCACGGCGCCGAGAAGGUCUUCCAGACCAAGGGCGCCUUUGGGCUGAUGGCCGAGAAGGGCGCCAACCUGGACGAUGAUGACAUCGACGCCAUCCUCAAGGCCGGCGAGGAGAGGACCCGGGAGCUGAACGCCAAGUACGAGAAGCUUGGCAUUGAUGACCUACAAAAGUUUACCUCCGAGUCGGCCUACGAGUGGAACGGCGAGGAUUUUGCCGCCCGCAAGAAGGACAUCGGCUUUACUUGGAUCAACCCGUCCAAGCGUGAGCGCAAGGAGCAGAUCUACUCGAUCGACAAAUAUUACAAGCAGGCGCUGCACUCAGGCGGCCGGGCUGCCGAUUCGAAGCCCAAGGCGCCGCGCGCCCCGAAGCAGAUACCGGUGCACGACUAUCAGUUCUAUCCGCCGCGGCUCCGCGACCUCCAGGAUAGGGAGACGGCCUGGUACCGCAAGGAAAUUGGCUACAAGGUUCCUCUCCCCGACGGCGACGAUGAUAACCUGUCGGAGCGCGAAGCCGAGCGCGCGCUGGACCAGGCCGAGAUCGACAACGCCACGCCGCUGACCGAGGAGGAAAAGGCGGAGAAGGAACAGCUCGCGCAACAGGGCUUUGGCGACUGGAACCGGCGGGAUUUCCAGCAGUUCAUCAACGGGUCCAGCAAGUACGGCCGCCACAACUAUGAGAUGAUCGCUACCGAAGUCGACAGCAAGACCCCCGAGGAGGUCGAAGCGUACGCCAAGGUCUUUUGGCAGCGCUAUACCGAAAUCGCCGACUACAUGAAGUACAUCAAGAUCAUCGAGGAUGGCGAGGAGCGCAUGCGCAAGAUCGAGCACCAGCGCAAGAUGCUGCGCAAGAAGCUCAGCCAGUACCGCGUGCCCCUUCAGCAGCUCAAGAUCAACUACUCGGUGUCGACCACCAACAAGAAAGUCUACACCGAGGAGGAGGACCGAUUCCUGCUCGUUCUGCUGGACAAGUACGGCAUCGACUCGGAGGGCAUCUACGAGAAGAUCCGCGACGAGAUUCGCGAAAGUCCUCUCUUCCGCUUCGACUGGUUCUUCCUUAGCCGCACGCCCACCGAGCUGGCCCGCCGCUGCAACACCCUGCUGACGACCGUCGUCAAAGAGUUUGAGGACGCGGAUAAUGCCAAGGAUAGCAAGGGCGGCAAGGACGCCAAGUCCAACGGCGUCAAUGGCAAGGUCAAGCGCGAGGCCGAGGACGAGGAGAAUGACGAGGAUAGCGUCCUCGGCAUGGCCCCGGCCAAGAAAAAGAGCAAGACCACCACAAACGGCGUAAAGAACAAGACGUUGGACAAUGUCAAGUCGACAACGGCCAGUAAGGCCAACUCGGCAUCAGUCUCGCGCGCCUCCAGCGUAGCGUCGAGUGCCUCUAAUGCCGCUGCUUCUAAGAAUAAGGCAGCAGCAAAGGGAAAGAAGAAAUAA